AGUCUGGAAUUAUGAAGGACGACGGAGAGGCUGGAGUUGUAAAGGACGAUGAAGAGGCUGGAGUGUCUGGAGUUGUUGUUGUGAACGACGGUGGAGAGUCUGGAGUUGUGAAAGACGGUGGAGAGGCUGGAGUUGUUGUUGUGAAGGACGGUGGAGAGGGUGACUCGGCUGGAGUUUUUGGUAUUCACAAAACAAAACGUGGACAGAAAAGACGGAAAAGAACUAAAGUUGACAUGUUGCUGGAUGCUGGUCCUGGAGAUGUUGGUGUUCACAAAACAAAACGUGGACGGAAAAGAACUAAAAUUGAAAUGUUGCUUGAUGAUCUCCCUCCUGACUCAUUGCCUUCAAAUAAAAAACGACAAAAGAACUGAUAACUAAACUUAUAUAGACUUGAACAAAGUUAAAUUAGUUUAUUCUCACUUACUACGUACACUGUAAAAAAUGUGUUGUGAAUUUGAAUAUGUGUAGUCAC